AUGAGCGCCCCGCUCCCCCCAACCACCCCUGCGUGCUUCGCCUGCGCGCGUAUCGUGGCGCUCGCCGCCCGCCUGCCCGGCAGUGGUGCGGCGCAAGUCGCGAGUGGCGGCAAGAGCGUGCGUUGUGCGCGGGUUGGCAGGGUGAGUGCGCGAGUGGAGAUCUGCUGCUUUCCCCCUUGUGUCCCCCUGCACCCCUGCUGCCCCGCGCCUGCCCCACGCGUGCGCGCAUGUGGCGCCGUGGGCCGUAUGACGGUGGGGGCUACAGGCGGCAGGGAGGGCAUGGCCGCGGAUCAUAGUGCAACAACCGCACCAACCAACCAUCACCGCGCUGCCACCGCCCUUCAUACUGCUGCCAUCGCCUGCCCAUGCACCAAACCCUCUCUUGCACCCUCUUCCGCCCUCCUGUCCCUCUGUCUUCCACCUUCCUACCCCCCUCCUCUCUCCUUCCUUACCCUCUUCCCUUCCCCUUCUUAUCCCCUUGCUUCCCUCUCACUUCCCCCUCUUUCGCCCUCAUUUUCCCUCGCCCCUUCCUAA